AUGUCGAACAAAGCAGGCUGGAUCAAGAAUCCCCGGGGGACAAUUCAGGUCGAGACUGUAGAGCAAUGGGUUCCUGGCCCGGGGGAACUGUUGGUACGGGUUGAAGCAGCCAGCUUUAACCCCAUUGAUGCAAAAGUCCAGAGGUUGGAUUUAUUCCAAUCUCAGUAUCCCCUCAUCCUCGGAUUCACCUUUGCGGGAACGGUAGUCUCUACAGGGCCCGGUAUACAUUCGCAGGCGAGCGAGGAUUCCCGAUUCGGUGCCCUCCAGAUAUAUGCACUGGCGCUUGAGCAGAACACCCUGCGACUAGAGCCCGAGACCACAUUUGCUGAUUCCGCCGGCCUGAUCGCCAAUCUGGCGACCGUGAUCUCCGCCCUCACAAUCUACAUGGGUCUUCCGAAGCCGCCAGUCGCCGGCACGAAACCGCCCACGGGAAAGAAAAUUCUCGUUUACGGCGGUUCAUCAUCGGUGGGGGGCCUCGCGGUCCAAUAUGCGACGAAUGCUGGGUAUGGAGUUGUCACUACCUCGUCCGCGGCCAACAGAUCCAUGGUGGAGAAACGCAACCCGUCGCAUAUCAUCGAUCAUAGCCGCCCGGACGAGGACGUGAUCUGCGAAAUCCGGGAGCAUGGGCCUUACGAGGGAAUCUUUGAUGCAAUCGGCUCCACCACGACAACCCAACGCAUGGUGGCAUUGCUGCGCGAAACGGGAGGCCGGUUCUUUUCAACCAGCCCUUCCCCUGGGGAUGAGGCCAUCCCUGCAGGUAUAGAGAAGCUGUGGGCCGGAUAUUCUGAGACACUCGUAUCUCAGGCUGCACACCGCGAAUUGCGCACAUGGUACAUGGACGCGUAUUUACCGGCUGCACUGAAAAAGGGCACGAUAUGGCCAAAUCCGGCAUUGUGGCUCGAAGGAGGGCUCAACUCCGCCCAGAAGGCGUUGGACCUCCUCUAUGGAGGUCAUAUUAGCGGCCAAAAGGUUUUUAUCAACCCACGAGAGUGA